AUGACAGAUGGACCCUGGGAUCGUAGUACUCGUCAAAACCUACAUUUUAUUGUCCCAUUUGGACGGAAUGAAAAUUUUGUCGGCAGGGAUGCCAUCUUAACACAGCUUCUCGAAAGAGUUCACCCAGCCGCCUAUAAAGACACCUGCCAGAGGACUGCGAUCGUGGGUCUUGGAGGAAUUGGCAAGAAACAAGUUGCAAUCGAAGCCGCUUAUCUUGUCCGCGAUGCACAUCCUUCAUGCUCGGUGUUCUGGGUACUUGCUGUGGAUAUGAGCAUGUUCGAGAGGGCGUAUCGCGACAUCGGUCAGAAGCUUGAGAUUCAAGGCAUCGAAGACGACCAAGCAGACGUCAAAAGCUUAGUCAAGACUGCAUUAGAGCCAGACGACAUUAAGAGCUGGCUUCUUAUUGUCGACAACGCUGACGACAUGGAUCUGCUGUUCACCAGUUCCAAGCUGAUGACAUAUCUCCCUUCCAGUCGGAGGGCUCUAUUCUGCUUACAACCCGAACCCACAUAG